CCUUCUUUGUUUCCUUCUCUGUACUGGUUGUUAACACUCUGCAAAUAAGUAAAUAACAAACCAUUGACACAAACAAGCAUCAAACCAAACAAGAUAUCCAGUUGUCAUAAAAGCAUGACAGGUUUCGGCAUAAUAAUUUAAAUAGAAAAAUUAGCAAUGAACUUAACCCAAAAUGUAAUAAAAUGUUUGCAACGUGGAGGCCCCUGGCGGUCCUACAGCCUGAGCUGCCCGGGGCGCACGCCGCCCGGCAAGUGCGGCUGCGGCGGCCGCCAGCCCGCGCCGCCCCGCGACUGCCGCCCCAACAAGAUCCCGUACAACCCUUGCUGUCCACAUUUCCACGAAGGCCAUGAUACCUACAAAAAAUACAAGUAUAUAUUCCUGCUCAUGUUGCCAGUCAUAAUCGCCCACACGCUUAAUUGCUUAUCACAUUGUCCGCACCCUAAAGGAGAGUGCCGUGAGUACGAGUAUAUGCUUAGACGCACCAAACGGUUCCCAUGGGGCGAAGGCAAGAAAUCAUUCUUUCAUAACGAUGAAACGAACCACCUGCCGGGUGACUGCACGCCGGCGCCGCUUGACUGCGAUUGAAAUGUGCCGUCGGCGGCUGGGGAAUACUCGCCAGGCAGCCGCCCCACUCCUCUAUCUCCAUCUCAAACUUCCGAAAGUCACCAAACUACCUCAUGCUUUCGGAAACUUGAUUUAAGGAAACGAUUUUUUUAUCUGACACUUGUGGGUAAAAGCAUGUAUUACUAUCUUAGUCCCUAUAAGGAUAAAUUAGCGUCUCGAUUGAGUAACUACAUGAAACAAGAUUAUAAUUAUUUUUUAAAUACUGCAAUAAUAUUGUAGUUAGUCUAAGUAGUUCAUGAACUGAAAGGACUUAGAGAAAAACUAAAUCCAUGCA